AGCAGAUCACGUGACAACGCGGAAGCCACACACAGUCGAUAAAUACAAGCGAGCGGGCAAAAUCCCCACAGCGGCUGUCAGUGAGCCAGAGAGGUUGGAGAGAGAUUACGUUAAACAUGCCUAGUGCUAAGGUCGAUGUUGCGAACCCACAAGGUGGGAAAGCGUAUGGGAAACUAAUGGAGGAGAUGGAAACCAGACUAGAUGAGACAAACAAGGGCUUCAUCGAUGAUGACUUUUUCAAGGAUGUGGAAGAACUGCCGGAGAAACUCGAAGCCUAUAAGCUCAAGUUUAUUGAAUGUGACCGGGACAGGUCAGGAGACCUCGACAUGAUGGACGUGAAGUACAUGUUGGAGAAGCUGGGGCAGGCAAAGACGCACCUGGAGCUGAAAAAGAUGAUCCAGGAGGUCGACACUACCAACACCGGCGCCAUCAACUACGUCGACUUCGUCAAGAUGAUGCUGGGGCCAAAGUCUUCCGUGCUCAAACUUAUCCUGAUGUUUGAAGGCAAAGCUAAAGCCGAUGAAAAACCAGUCGGUCUUCCACCAAAGAGGGAUAUCAGUAGUCUCCCUUGAAAACGCCCACAUUGAUUACGUCAUCGCAGCAGGAUAUCUACGUCAUCUUUCGCUCAUCUUCUGCCAACCUCUUUGCAAUCAGCGAUUUUGUCUGGAACCACGAUGGCAAAACAUUUCCAAGACGAAUCCCGUUCUUCAAGCUACACAACAUUGGCAUUUUAAAGCAGUCACAUUCAAAUAUUAUUCAUUGUAGAACAUGCAUCUUUGACAGGUCAGCCGCAGGACCCCAGCCACGGGCUAUACAAAUGGUAGCAUAGUUUCUGUUAAAGUUUAAUCGUAUCCAGUGAGAUAUAGAGCAGAUCAAGAUGCAUGCUAUUUUAAUUUUUUUUGGAAAUUAUCUUUUUAUAGCAUGCCGUUAUGAAUAAUAUGCAUGAACGCAGAGCUGUAUAUCUUUGGAAAUGACUUGACAACGUGUGUUCUCUUUCGAUUAGUUUCAGAGUUUAGCAGUCUUGUCAUGCAUAUAAUAUAAAGAACCACCUGAUUCUUUCACAUUACUACAGUUAAUCUAUUAAGCCAUGGCAGAUUAACUAUAGUAAGAGAAAAGAAUCGGAUUGUUAUUAACCUUUUUUUGGUAGGAUCGUCUUUUCUGAUUUUUACACAGUUUUCCACCUCUGUGUCUGCUUUUUGCAACUAUGCUCGUGUUUUUACUCAAGGGUUUGUUAGUUGAUUGCGUUGGCAGAGCGGCACGCAUUUGCUGGAUGCUUGGGUAUUUUCGUUCACAUUAAACGGUCAAUUGUAAAUAUUUCCUUUUUGUAAAUAUUGUGAAUAGAGUUUUGUAUGUGAGGAAUAAAGAAUAGAGAAACA